GCAGAAUAUAAAUAUGGUGAACCUGACGUUGACACACAGGGACCCGUGUCUCCGGAGAGCCUAGUACGAAGUGGGUUUCUGAAAGAUCCAGAGAUUGGCUUGAGAUAAACCAAGAACAUGGGGCUCGGCACGGGGAAUGAUAAAUACCAGCUGGCAGCAACUUCAGAAAAGGAAAUCAAAAAGCCAAAGAAGGUGAAAAGAAACAAGAAGGAUGUGGACGACCUUAAGAAAGAAGUCGAUCUGGAUGACCACAAGUUGACUUUGGAUGAGCUUCAGCGCAAACACAGCACCGACCUGCACAAGGGUUUGUCUGCAUCCCGUGCGAGAGAGGUCUUAGCCCGUGAUGGACCCAAUUCUCUGACCCCACCACCUACCACUCCUGAAUGGGUGAAGUUCUGCAAACAGCUCUUUGGUGGAUUUCAAACGCUGCUGUGGUUUGGUGCUUUCCUUUGCUUCACGGCAUAUGGAAUCCAGGCUGUCACAGAUGAAGAACCCGCCAAUGACAAUUUGUAUCUGGGACUCGUACUUGCUUUCGUUGUCAUCGUCAAUGGAGGGUUCUCGUACUAUCAAGAGGCCAAGAGCUCCAAGAUCAUGGAGUCUUUCAAAAAUCUUGUCCCUCAGCAUGCGCUUGUUAUCCGUGAGGGAGAGAAAAAGAUCAUCAACGCUGAGGAGGUAGUUGCUGGGGAUCUGGUGGAGGUCAAAGGUGGAGACCGAAUCCCGGCUGAUCUUCGCAUCGUUUCCGCACAAGGAUGCAAGGUGGACAACUCUUCGCUCACCGGUGAAUCUGAGCCUCAGUCUCGUACUGCUGACCUCUCUAAUGAAAACCCUCUGGAGACCAAAAACAUUGCCUUCUUCUCCACCAACUGUGUUGAAGGUACCGCCAGAGGCAUUGUCAUCAACACCGGUGACCGCACCGUCAUGGGUCGCAUCGCCAGUCUCACAUCCAGCCUAGAAGCUGGACAGACACCGAUUGCUAGAGAGAUCGAACACUUCAUCCACAUCAUCACCGGUGUGGCUGUUUUCCUGGGUGUGAGCUUCUUGAUCCUCUCUCUGAUUCUUGGAUAUGGCUGGUUGGAAGCCGUCGUUUUCCUCAUCGGAAUCAUUGUCGCUAAUGUACCCGAGGGUCUCCCUGCCACUGUAACUGUGUGUCUGACUCUUACGGCCAAACGUAUGGCAAAGAAGAAUUGUCUAGUGAAGAAUCUUGAAGCUGUGGAGACUCUCGGCUCAACCUCCACCAUCUGCUCGGACAAGACGGGAACUUUAACCCAGAACCGGAUGACCGUGGCUCACAUGUGGUUCGACAAUCAGAUUCAUGAAGCGGACACCACAGAGAACCAGAGCGGAACCUCAUUUGACAAAAGCUCUCCGACUUGGGCGGCCCUCGCUCGUAUCGCUGGCCUGUGCAACCGUGCCGUUUUCCGUGCCGAACAGAGCCACCUGCCAAUUCUUAAGCGAGAAACAGCUGGCGAUGCCUCUGAGUCUGCUCUGUUGAAGUGUAUCGAGCUUUGCUGCGGUUCAGUGAAUGAAAUGAGAGACAAGUACACUAAUAUUGCUGAGAUCCCUUUCAACUCCACCAACAAAUACCAGCUCUCAGUCCACAAGAAUCCCAAUUCCUCAGAGUCUAAACACCUGCUGGUGAUGAAAGGAGCCCCUGAGAGAAUCCUGGACCGAUGCUCCUCUAUUCUCAUCCAAGGAAAAGAGAAACCUCUGGAUGAUGAAUUGAAAGAUUCUUUCCAGAAUGCUUACGAAGAGCUCGGAGGUCUUGGAGAAAGAGUGCUGGGUUUCUGCCACUUGUCCCUCCCUGAUGACCAGUUCCCUCAAGGUUUUGCAUUUGAUGCAGAUGAAGUGAACUUCCCCACAGAGAAUCUUUGUUUUGUCGGCCUCAUGUCCAUGAUCGACCCGCCUCGCGCCGCCGUUCCAGAUGCCGUGGGCAAGUGCAGGAGUGCUGGAAUCAAGGUUAUCAUGGUAACUGGUGACCAUCCGAUCACGGCUAAAGCUAUCGCAAAGGGUGUCGGCAUCAUCUCUGAAGGCAACGAGACUGUGGAAGAUAUUGCUGCACGUUUAAACAUUCCUGUCGGAGAGGUUAAUCCAAGAGAUGCUAAAGCUUGUGUGGUCCAUGGAGGAGAAUUGAAGAGCAUGUCUGAAGAAGUACUGGAUGAGAUCCUGCAACAUCAUACUGAAAUUGUGUUUGCUAGAACGUCUCCUCAACAAAAACUGAUCAUAGUGGAGGGAUGUCAGCGACAGGGUGCCAUAGUGGCGGUGACAGGUGAUGGUGUGAAUGACUCUCCCGCUCUGAAGAAGGCUGAUAUCGGUGUGGCUAUGGGCAUCUCUGGAUCUGACGUGUCCAAACAGGCCGCUGACAUGAUUCUGCUGGACGACAAUUUUGCCUCAAUCGUCACUGGAGUGGAAGAAGGCCGUUUGAUCUUUGACAACUUGAAGAAGUCCAUUGCCUACACACUGACUAGUAAGAUCCCAGAAAUGUCACCGUUCCUCAUGUUUGUCCUCGUGGGUAUUCCUCUACCGUUGGGCACAGUCACAAUUCUCUGCAUUGACCUGGGCACCGACAUGAUUCCAGCAAUCUCGUUGGCCUAUGAGAAUGCAGAAAAUGACAUAAUGAAGAGACAACCCAGGAACGCUCAAACGGAUCGACUGGUGAACGAGAGGCUUAUCAGUAUGGCCUAUGGUCAAAUAGGUAUGAUCCAAGCACUCGCAGGGUUCUUCACCUACAUUGUCGUUAUGGGUGAGAGUGGAUUCUGGCCCAGUCAUCUGCCAGGACUACGAGUCGGCUGGGAAGAUAGAUCCAUCAGCGAUCUUGAGGACAGUUAUGGCCAGCAAUGGACCUACGAGAGCAGAAAAAUCAUUGAAUCCACAUGCCACACAGCCUACUUCGUCAGUAUUGUGGUCACGCAAUGGGGAGACUUAAUCAUUGUAAAGACCAGGAAAAAUUCCAUCUUUCAACAAGGAAUGAAAAACAAAGUCCUCAUCUUUGCCUUUUUUGAGGAAGCUGCUCUGGCAGCGUUCCUGUCCUACUGCCCGGGUAUGGACCUGGCUGUCAGAAUGUAUCCUCUCAGACCCUUGUGGUGGUUCUGUGCCUUCCCAUAUGCACUCCUCAUCUUCGUCUAUGAUGAAAUCAGAAAAUACAUUCUGCGGCAGAAUCCAGGAGGCUGGGUGGAAAGGGAAACAUACUACUGACACAAGAUGGUCUUUUGCAAACACAUGCAAAGAGAUGUUGUAUGUGGCGUCCAAAUACAAAUAAAUAUAUUUAAAUGCA